UUUAGUUCACAACGCCACCGCUACUUUUAUUUUCAUACUAAUCUGAAAUUCUAUAUUAUUUCCGUUGCACUGUGGAAGGCAGGUGGAAGGUGUUCUGUGGCCUCGCCCGGCACUUGCGGCACGUGUUGUAGCGCCUAGUCGUUGGAAAUGGCGUACGCCGAAGCGUCUCCGCUACUAGGAAAUACUUCCAGUGGGAAUUACUCGUCGGUGUAUCCUUCAGCACCGUCUACAAGAGACUCCCCACCUCCACCAUAUGAUGUUGUCAGUUUUGCACCAUCUAGAGUAAAGGUGUGCGAUGUGUGCAGCUACCAGAUUGACAUAUUAAAGCAUGCCAAUGACUAUGUGGUUACAUGCCCUCGCUGCAACGAACUUACAGCUUUAGGCAAUCCCCCAAAAGGAAAACGGUACAUACGGUGUGGUUGCAACAGGCUUUUGCAGUGUGUCAAAAGCGCAACCAGCAUAACAUGUUCCAGGCCUGGCUGUGGUGCAGUCAUAAAGCCCGAAGGUAAUUCAACAGUGAAGGCAAAGACACAGCGGCCAGGAACACGGAGAGAAGAAUUGACAGAACCACACGCAGAGCCUUCAUACAGAUUUGUUUGUGGGCACUGUCAGAGUGUUUCUGUGUUGGAUGCAGCACCUUCUUCUCGCUUUCGCUGCAGACAUUGUGGAAAGCGAUCCACUGUUGAUUGCUCUAAUAAGAAGUCUAUUUUUUGCAUUUUUAUCGGAGCUCUUCUUGUUCUAUUUGUGAUGAUUCUCAUGAUAUCUACUAUGAUGCUAAAGCACAACUCAGGCUACUGGUGGGCGUAUUUAUUGGGACUUGCCCUUGCCGUUGUCUUCAUUUUAUAUGGCCUUUGGCUGCUGUUCCUAAAGAAAAGCACCGUUGAAGUACGAUAACAAGCAAGCCUGUGUCACUGACCUAAAGUUCCAGCCUGCAGGACUGCAAAAGAUACUAACUUGUGGCCUCCAUAAUUCCUAUCAGCGUCGUAACUACUACACUGCAGCAUCUUCAAGACGUUUAUACUUAGUGUUAAAUGAGUGUAUGAAUAAAGUUCUGUGUUUGAUUGCA